CUGUCAAACAAUACUUGAAAUAAAUUGUUGUCAUUAAGGGGUAAAUUAAUAGAUCGACAUGGGAGACGGGAAGAAGGGCGAACGACAGCCGUUGUUAAAAAAUGAAAAUGUCACUUAUAGUUCACACGGCAGCGAUUUCGUUGAUGAAGUGGAAUCGACUGUUAGUACAGUAUCUGCAAUAGGUCCUGAUGAAGUGCCACCUCCAUACGAAUCAAGUAGUCAAUGUGGCAAGCCUAUGGUCACUUGUAGGGUUUGUCAAGCUAUGAUAGAUAUUUCUGGUAAAAGAGAUCAACAUGUUGUCAAAUGCUGUCAAUGUAAUGAAGCUACACCCAUACGAAAUGCACCUCCUGGAAAGAAAUAUGUCCGUUGCCCAUGUAAUUGUUUAUUAAUAUGUAAGAGUUCUUCACAACGUAUUGCUUGUCCAAGGCCAAACUGUAAACGUAUUAUUAAUCUUGCUCCAAGCCCAAUUACACCACCUGUUUUAUCUAUGCCUGGAAUGUGUAGGGUAUGCUGUGGUCAUUGUCAUGACACAUUUUUGUUUAAUACCUUAAAUAAUGCUUUGGCUCGAUGUCCACAUUGCCGAAAAAUAUCUUCUGUUGGUCCAGAUUUUGCUAGAGGUCGAGGUAUUGCAUUCACUAUCGUUGGAUUAAUAGCCUUAGUAAUUGCAAUAGCUGUGACUGUUGGAACACAUGCAUAUGCAAAAACUAGUGGUGGAAUUUAUGUAGCUUAUGUUGGUGCAUUUCUCUUGGCACUUUUGUGCUUUGGACGCAGCAUUUAUUAUUGUACAAUGAAAAUUAGUAUGAUAGAAGGUCCAAUGUAAUACCAUAAAUGACAAUCAGUUGCUAAUAUUUUAAAACCAAUUCCUCUAACAUCUAUGUCGUAUAAUAAUAUAUUUAGAUCAAAUGUUUAUAGUAAUAAAAUGACAUACAAGUCCUUCUAGGACAAUUGGUACAUUUUUUACACAUGCAUAUGUAAGUUUAUAUUGCUAGUAAUGAGCAAUAUUCUUACAUAUACGUAUGCAAAUGUACAUGUUACGGAUGAAGAGGAUGUGUAACUGUAAUGUAUGACACUUUCUCACAUAAGGUAAUAUAUCAAAAAGUACUAGAAGUUGGGGUAUCCAUUUAAAAAACAAAGGAUUGUUCCUCUGCACUUUUAUAUUGUCGAGCACAGGACCAAGACAACAACCCCAUUAUAUUGUUUUCAUAUUUGAAUGAGAAUAUACUAAUGAAAAUAUGCUUUCUACAUCUACAGUAAAUAUACAAAAUGCACAUAUAUACAUACAUAGAUAUAUAUGCAAAUAAAACAUUCUUGCAUGAAUAUUCCAAUUGUAAGCAGCUAUACAUACAGCUAUAUAUAUAUUGUGUUUGCAAUUACGAACUUGCAUUGUCAGAUAACGAAAGAAUAAAAAUAUCUUUUUAAGAAAAAAUUAUAAAUCGAUAUCGUUUGACAGACGUUUUUGGGUUUAUGUAUUAUUUGACAUGCAAGUAAAAUUAUAUAAAAUACA